UUUAUUUGCUUCCAAGAUAUUUGCCAAGAAGGAUUGCAAUUCUGUAACGCAGCUAUUCCAGUGAGAAGAUGUGAAUAUUGUAAUGCAUACUUUCAUGCGUGUUUUACAUAUCACCAGCAAGUCAACUGUACUCAAUACUGCAUGGACCAAUGGAGACAGAAUACCAUAUCUCAAAUUGAAGACAAAGAGCAUAAAAGUGAUUUGUAUCAAGUUAUGUUCUUUAUACUACUUGGUUUAAAGUUUUCGAGUGUGUUUAUAACAUUUCUUUUAUGUGUACCUCGCAUCCGCGUGGCUAUAUUCUCAAAACUGAACGGGAUUUCUACUCGACACAAUAACGAUACCGAUCAGCAUGACAGACGACCGUUAGUUACCUUGCCCCCUGUACAAAACAAUCGUCCUCAAAGUUGUGGUAUAGAAGCGCCGGUGGUCCAAAACAGUGUUGUAGAUGUUACACGUCAAGAUGGAGAGGGUAGAUCUCAUACUGAAAGUGAAGAAAUCAGACACCAAAGUGGCAACACAACACAUCCGCCUGAAAUAAUGCCGAGCACAGCUGAGGGUAGAUCUCAUAUUGAACGUCCAGGAAGUGAAGAAAUUCGGCAUGAAAAUGGCAACACAACAUGUCAGUCUGAAAUAAGUCCAAACACGUCUAGAAAACAAGUUAUUGCUCAAAGACAUAAUAGUCAAACAUACCAGAAGAUGGAUGUAGACCAAACCACUCCAUUUCUUAGUUCGUCGAAAAACGAUACACGCUUAAACCCAUUAAAGGGUGACAGUGUCAACGGUGGAGUACCACACAAUGAACUUUCUAGCGCUGGGAGCAGCGGCUACCAAGCUCUGCGGCAUUGUCCAAGUACGAAUGACGAUACAGGGUAUCGUUCGGCAUCUCGGGGCAUUGAUUAACAUAAUCAUGUUUUUAUUGCACAGCUUAUAUGAAAUCUAUUACAUUUCAUGGAAUCCACUUUGCUCUGGCUGAACAUGAAAAUGAUGUAAAUUUUUCAUGUCUGAAAUAGACAUAAUUAUGUUAUGUUUGCUAUAUUAGCUUAAAAGUUAAAAGAGGCAUUAUCGUUGAUUUAUUCUGUUGUUGUUUGUUGUUGUAACUACUGUUGUUUCAAGAUUAUCACACAAUUAGACUAAAGUAAGUAUUUAAAAACAAACCAUAAUGUAUGACUGUGCAAAUACAUAAUGUUAUUGCUUGUAUAUGAUUUCUGAUGACUUAUAGGCCCAUGUGGCCGCGUGCUAUUUUUUUACGUGUAGAUAUGUAUUGUAAUAGAUAUACACAUGUCAUAUACACAUGUCACAAUAAUAAAAUAUUUACUUACUUA